CUCAUCUCUCGCCUGCUGUCAAGUGAGCUUCUAAAAAAACGCUUGCUGGCAGUUUUUUUUUAAAGCAUCUUGAUGAUGGCGGAGGACAGUGAGUCCGCAGCCAGCCAGCAGAGCCUGGAGCUGGACGACCAGGAUACAUGUGGGAUAGACGGAGACAAUGAGGAGGAGAAUGAGCAUUUGCAGGGCAGUCCUGGGGGAGACCUGGGGGCUAAGAGGAAGAAGAAGAAGCAGAAGAGGAAAAAGGAGAAGCCCAGCGCUGGUUCCGGAGCCAAAUCUGACUCUGCUUCUGACUCUCAGGAAAUCAAGAACCCUGGCUUGCCCAUUCAGAAGCUUCAGGACAUCCAAAGAGCCAUGGAACUGCUGUCCUGUCAGGGUCCAGCAAAGAGUAUCGAUGAGGCGACCAAGCACAAAUAUCAGUUCUGGGACACGCAGCCUGUCCCAAAGUUAAAUGAAGUUGUGACAAGCCACGGUCCAAUCGAAGCUGACAAAGAGAACAUCAGGCAGGAACCAUAUUCUUUACCUCAAGGCUUUAUGUGGGACACUUUGGAUCUCAGUAAUGCAGAUGUAUUGAAAGAGUUGUACACGUUGUUAAAUGAGAACUAUGUGGAGGACGAUGACAACAUGUUCAGAUUUGAUUAUUCCCCAAGCUUUCUCAAGUGGGCUCUCCGGCCACCUGGUUGGUUACCGCAGUGGCACUGUGGAGUAAGAGUGUCCUCUAAUAAGAAGCUUGUUGGAUUCAUCAGUGCCAUCCCUGCAGACAUCCGCGUCUAUGACACGAUAAAGAAGAUGGUAGAAAUCAACUUCCUUUGUGUUCAUAAGAAGCUGCGUUCGAAGCGUGUUGCUCCCGUGUUGAUCCGAGAGAUAACACGAAGGGUGAACCUGGAGGGUAUAUUCCAGGCGGUAUAUACAGCUGGAGUUGUGCUGCCUAAACCCGUGUCUACAUGCAGGUAUUGGCAUCGUUCAUUGAACCCCAGGAAACUGGUGGAAGUGAAGUUCUCCCAUCUUAGCAGAAACAUGACCCUGCAACGAACCAUGAAGCUUUACAGGCUACCAGAUAGCACCAAAACUCGAGGCCUACGGCCGAUGGAGAGGCGUGACCUUCCCCAGGUCACCGAGCUGUUACAGAAGUACCUGAGACGCUUCCAUCUGGCACCUUCCAUGGGAGAAGAAGAGGUCGCUCAUUGGUUCCUGCCACAGGAAAACAUAAUUGACACAUAUGUUGUAGAGACUGCAGGUGGCGUACUGACAGAUUUCACUAGUUUCUACACUUUGCCCUCUACUGUGAUGCACCAUCCUCUACAUAGGAGCCUGAAGGCAGCUUACUCAUUCUACAGUGUUCAUACACAAACCCCACUACUGGACUUAAUGAAUGAUGCUCUGAUCCUGGCAAAACUGAAAGGGUUCGAUGUUUUCAACGCCUUGGAUCUGAUGGAGAAUAAGGUGUUUCUGGAGAAGCUGAAGUUUGGCAUAGGAGACGGAAACCUGCAGUAUUACCUCUACAACUGGAAAUGUCCCCCGAUGGACACUGAUAAGGUUGGCCUCGUUCUUCAGUAGCAGCUCUUCUCAUGGCUGCUCCACAAACAGGUGGCGGAUUUCUGGCCUCCUCACUUGGACCUGCGGGUCGCCCCGAGCUCAGCAGUGAAAACUACAAGUCAACCAACCCCGAGACUAAGUGGUGGUACCGUUAAGAACUUAUGCAGUCCACCCAGAGGGGAAAACUCUUCAAUUAUCAUCCUGAAUGUGAAGUCAUGCUAUGCCUGAGAUAUCCUUGCAGAACAACUCUGUUGACAUGCUCUCCUGGUCCUAAAACCCAACAGUCAGACUAUCCAGAGGAUGCCUUGGCAUUGUGAAUUUUGUUUCUAUUUCUUCAUUCUUUACAGACAUUGUCACCAAGGGGCUGGUAUUAAAUACAUUCUCUUGUAAAUGAUACUCCAUGAGGCACAUUUACCAAUUUACAUCCAGUUUAUCCUCUGCAAUCAAGCCACUGCUCCAUGUACCUGUUUUCAUAUCACUUUGGUCCGUCAUGUGUCUCUGCUGGCGUUUUCGGGCCCAUGUAGGAUUAGAAACUUUAAAGAAGGUGUUUCUAACCCAAA